AUGGCUGGCGCCGGGGAGCUGGAGCGGUGGCUCAAUAAGGCCACUGACCCAAGUAUCCCCGAGGAAAACUGGGAAUGCAUCCAGCGGUUCUGUGACCAGGUGAACGCCGACAUAGAAGGCCCAUCGCUUGCACCGAGGCUGCUGGCACAUAAAAUACAGUCACCUCAGGAGAUGGAGGCUCUCCAUGCUCUCACAGUGCUAGAGACCUGUGUGAAUAACUGUGGUGAAAGAUUUCACAAUGAAAUAGCAAAAUUCAGGUUUCUGAAUGAGCUGAUUAAAGUGCUUUCCCCAAAGUACUAUGGAACCUGGUCUUCAGAAAAAGUCAAGUCAAGAGUCACAGAAUUAAUAUUCAGUUGGACAGUCUGGUUUCCUCAGGAAGUUAAAAUCCGGGAUGCUUAUCAGAUGCUGAAGAAACAAGGGAUGGUAAAAGAAGACCCCAAAUUGCCAGUAGACAAAAUUUUACCUCCGCCUUCUCCGAGACCUCAGAACUCUAUUUUUGACACAGAUGAAGAGAAAUCGAAGCUCUUAGCAAGACUUUUAAAGAGCAACCACGCUGAAGACCUGCAGGCUGCCAACCGUCUGAUCAAGAGCAUGAUGAAAGAGGAACAAGAAAAGUCGGCUAAGGUGUCCAGAAGAGCGAAUACCAUCAGUGAGGUUUCUGAGAAUGUUAAACAUAUGGAUCAAUUACUGGAAAGCUACAAGAAACAAGAAUUAUCCAAAUCUGACCAGGAGACUCUACAGACUCUGUCUCAACGCUGUGAGAAGCUCAGGCCGCUGCUCUUUCGUCUGGCCAGUGAGACAGUCGAUGACGAUGAGGCUCUAGCUGAGAUACUGCAGGCCAACGACAAGCUCACACAGGCGCUCGGACAGUACAGGCAGGUUGCAGCCAGCCAUGAAAACGGUGGUGGAGGAGGUUCAGCCACCAGCUCUGCUGAUGCACCAGCAUGCCGGACAGCCCCAAGACGCAUGAAGAGCUAUACACUGAUUGACUUCUCCGAACUGGAGGCGACAGCCCAGUCUCCUGCAGAGCAAUUUGCAAACAUAACCACCGCCUCCCGGCACAGCAGCACAACCUCUACCUGUCUGCUCGAUGAGGAGUUAAAGUCAUUAGGUCUCAGCAACUCUCCUGUUGUACAGAAACCACCAUCUGAUUUUGGCUUAGCAGAGACUCCUGUACACAAUGGAUAUAGUGAAAUUGUAAGUGCUGUUCAAGCGCUGGGACUGCAGGAGGGCUGGGAAGACAGCUGUUCAGAGAAGAAUGAAUUUCAGGGCCUGGCUGAUCUGCUCUCUCCAUCAUCCAGGACCAAGACAUUACCCUUGGAUUUAUCACCAAUGAAAUUGAGCUUUCCAGAUCUUCCAAAUAGAUCAAUGGCAGAUACUUCAUUCUCCAGCCUAGGCUACGAGCUGAAGCCUGCUGCCUCUUUGCAUCCAGCUUCCCAUGAUGCUUCUCUAGAAAACCUUUUUGUUCCUUUAAUUUCAAUUACACCGAGCAGUAUCUGUCCGCUUACUGUGUACGAUAAGAAUGGUUUCAAGGCUAUGCUCCACUUCUCCAGAGACCCGGCUCCUGGACGACCAGAUGUGCUGGUGAUGGUUCUUUCCAUGCUGAGCACAUCAGCUCAACCAAUUAAGGACAUAGCAUUCCAGGCUGCAGUCCCAAAGACCAUGAAAAUAAAGUUACAGCCAGCAUCCAGCUCUGAGCUGCCUGCCUUCAGCCCUCUUCUCCCCCCUGCGGUGGUGUCCCAGGUCCUGCUGCUUGCCAAUCCGCACAAGGAUCCUAUCCGACUGAGAUACAAACUGGCGUUCACGCAAGGUGUGCAGCCCUUCAGUGAGAUGGGAGAGGUGACUGGCUUCCAAGAAGCAGAGCUCUGGGGCAGGAGCUGA